AUGAUGAAAUGGGGUGGGAAAAAAUCUUCUUCAUCUUCUUCUUCUAGUGCUUUUUCUUGGCUUUCUAAGUUAAAACAUAUAAGAAUCAAUUCUGAUUCUAAUCAUGAAAAAAUUAAGCACAAGGAAAAACAGAUUUCUCCACCUUCAUGUUUUGAUAUUGGUGGAAAAAAUGGUAACAAAAAUGGAAGAAGAAAAUCACAAAGUAAACUCAAUUUGAAAGAGAAGGAUAUUAUUGGUUUAGAAGAUGAGAGAAAAAUGGUGAAUGAUGAGAAUGGUGAUUAUGAUAGAGAAAAGGAAUAUGAAAAUAUGAGAAGAAGAUUUGAGAGAAAAGCUCAACAAGUUCUGGAAGAACAACUUUUGAAAUUAGAAAAAGAAGCAAAAGAAGUUGAAGAAAAAAAUUCUAUGUUUCAAGAUGAAUCACCAAGAACAAUUUGUACACCAAGAAAAACACAUUCUUUUGGUUCUUCUAGACUAAGAAAUGUUCGAGAAAAUCAUUUCGAGAAAAGCGAAAUUGAAUCGUCUCAGAGGAAGAAACAGAGUUAUGAUGAUGAGAAGCAGAGUUUUUUGAAACAAAAUGAAGAGUUGAAGAAGAUAAAGAUUCAAGAAAAACAAAGGAGGAAAAUAAAGAAAGUUUCAAGGGUGAAAAUAUAUUCACCAAGAAUGGUUUCAAAAGUUGAAAUAAGUAGAAUAAAAGCAUUAGAAGAAAUGAGGAACAAAGCAAAACAAAAGAUGAAGAAAGAAGAAAUUAUGGAUGAAAUAAUUAGUACUAAUCCAGAAUUAGAUAGUUUUGCUGUGAUAAAAUGUUCAUUAAAUCCAAAGCAAGAUUUUAGAGAUUCAAUGAUUGAAAUGAUUGAAGAGAAACAGAUUAGUAAAGCAGAAGAAAUGGAAGAAUUGUUGGCAUGUUAUUUGACUUUGAAUGCUGAUGAGUAUCAUGAUCUCAUAAUCAAAGUUUUUAGACAGGUAUGGUUUGAUAUGAGUCAAUAUGGUUUUGGUGUUAAUUCAGAAAUGCAAUUGGGUUGCUAUGAAUGA